AUGCACCUCCUGCCGCGCGAGAUCGACAAGCUCGUCAUCUCGCAGGCCGGCACCCUCGCCCAGAAGCGCCUCGCCCGCGGCCUGCGCCUCAACGUCGCAGAGGCCACCGGCCUCAUCUGCGCCGUCCUCCACGAGCUCAUCCGCGAUGGCAACCACUCGGUCGCAGAGCUCAUGAGCAUCGGUGCGUCCCUCAUCCUCGGUCGCGUUCACGUCCAACCUCACGUUCCAGCGCUUCUCCACGAGCUCCAAGUCGAGGGUGCCUUUCCCGACGGCGUCUUCCUCGUCACCGUGCACGACCCGAUCUGCAGCGCGUCGGUCGACGACGACCUCACGCUCGCCCUGUACGGCUCGUUCCUGCCCUUGCCUGCCGAGGGCGUCUUCCCCAAGGGCAUCGAGGAGCCUGUCGGCCUGUCGGACGACGAGCUCCCCGGUGCGCUCGUCCUGCGCCAAGAGACGAUCCGGAUCAACGAGGGCCGCGAGCGCAUCAAGCUCAAGGUCACCAACACGGGUGACCGGCCGAUCCAGGUCGGCUCGCACUUCCACUUUAGCGAGGUGAACCGUGCCAUGUCGUUCGACCGCGAGAAGGCCUUCUUCAAGCGGCUCGACAUUGCUGCGGGCACGGCCGUCCGCUUCGAGCCGGGCGACACCAAAACCGUCACGCUCGUCCAGAUUGCCGGCAACCAGGUCGUCUCGGGUGCGUCCCCUCGUUCCCUCGACUUUGCCGACCUCUCGCUGUCGUCCAAGGCCCUGUCGCGCCUCAUCUCGCUCGGCUUCUCGCACUCGCCCGAGCCGUCGGCCGUCGCGUCGUCCGACCCGGCGCGCAUCGCCCCUUACGAGCUCAGCCGCGAGAGCUACGCGAGCAUGUACGGCCCGACCGUCGGCGACCGCGUGCGGCUUGGCGACACCGAGCUGUGGGUCGAGGUCGAGCGCGACGAGACGGUGUACGGCGACGAGUGCAAGUUCGGAGGAGGCAAGGUCAUUCGCGAGGGCAUGGGCCAGAUGGCGAACCAGCCCGACUCGGCGACGCUCGACUGCAUCAUCACCAACGCGCUCAUCAUCGACUGGAACGGCAUCUACAAGGCCGACGUCGGGCUCAAGAAGGGCAACAUUGUCGGCAUCGGCAAGGGCGGCAACCCGGACGUCAUGGACGGCAUCACCGAGGGCAUGGUCGUCGGCGUCAACACCGAGGUCAUCGCUGGCGAGAAGCUCAUCCUCACGGCGGGCGCCAUCGACGCGCACGUGCACUACAUCUGCCCGCAAAGCUGCACCGAGGCGCUCGCGAGCGGUAUCACGACCGUCAUCGGCGGCGGCACCGGGCCUUCGGCCGGCUCGUGCGCGACGACCUGCACGCCGUCGCAGACCUACAUGCACACGAUGAUGGCCGCCUCGGACGACCUGCCGCUCAACUUCCUCUUCACGGGCAAGGGCAACGAUAGCGGGCCAAAGGGCCUCGAGGACCAGGUCCGCUUUGGCGCGGGAGGGCUCAAGCUGCACGAGGACUGGGGCACGUCGCCCGCCGCCAUCGACGCCGCGCUCGACAUCGGCGACCGCUUCGACGUGCAGGUCAACAUCCACUCGGACACGCUCAACGAGGCGGGCUUUGUCGAGGACACGAUCGGCGCGUUCAAGGGCCGCACGAUCCACACGUACCACACCGAGGGAGCCGGAGGAGGACAUGCACCCGACAUCAUCCAGGUGUGCGAGCUCGAGAACGUCCUGCCCAGCUCGACCAACCCGACUCGCCCUUACGCUGUCAACACGCUCGACGAGCAUCUCGACAUGCUCAUGGUCUGCCACCACCUCGAUCGCUCCAUCCCUGAGGACGUCGCCUUUGCCGAGUCGCGCAUUCGCGCCGAGACGGUCGCAGCCGAGGACGUCCUGCAGGACUCGGGCGCCAUCUCGAUCAUCUCGUCCGACGCCCAGGCCAUGGGCCGCAUCGGCGAGGUCGUGUCGCGCACGUGGCGCACGGCCAACAAGAUGAAGGAGUGCGUGGGCCCGCUCAGGGAGGAGACGAGGGAGGGGGUCGACAACGAGAGGGUCAAGCGCUACAUCGCCAAGUACACGAUCAACCCGGCCAUCACGCACGGCAUCUCGCACCUCGUCGGCGACGUCGCCGUCGGCAAGCUCGCCGACCUCGUCUUGUGGAAGCCGCACAACUUUGGCGUGCGGCCCGAGACCAUCAUCAAGGGCGGCGUCAUUGCGUGGGCCAACAUGGGCGACGCCAACGCCAGCAUCCCGACCGUUCAGCCCGUCAUUGGCCGACCGAUGUGGGGCUCGCACCCGAAGGCGGCGGCCUUGACCUCGAUGCUGUUCGUCUCGCAGCUCUCGAUCGACACGGGCACGAUCGCCUCGUACGGCCUCUCGAAGCGGGUCGAGGCCGUCAAGAACUGCCGCAACAUCUCGAAGCGCGACAUGAAGAACAACACGGCGACGCCAAAGAUGAAGAUCGACCCGGAAAGCUACAGGGUCGAGGCCGACGGCGUCCACUGCACGGUGCCGCCGGCGACCAAGGUCGCGCUCGGCCGAGGGUACAUGCUGUUCUGAGCGGCGAGCGGGUUCUCUCUUCUGUAGCGGUGCGCUGUCUGUUUGCGCAACUUUGUGUGUCUGUCCUCGU